CUGGCAGGAUUUCCCAUUUCUCGGUGUCCAACCGUUCGCACCAAAACAAAUGACGCCGAGGGCCAUCACAUCGUCGUCAAGUUGCACAACGACGCGCUCAACUUUUUCUCUUCACAUCGCCGCAUUGACCAGCACAACGCAUGAAGACCCCAAUCCCCGACUACCUCCAGCUGGUUCUCAACUACUGCUCCCAAGACAACCCGGGCGAAACGGCACAGUACAUCCCCGAGCUCGCCGACGCCGACCCAGACCGAUGCGCGCUGGUUCUGUCGACCGUGGACGGUGAGGUGUAUGGAGUCGGCGACACGGAUGUCGAGUUUUCCAUGCAGUCCAUCUCCAAGGCGUUUGUGUACGCGCUGGCACUGGAGGAGCAUGGGAUCGACUACGUGGUCUCGCGCGUGGGCGUUGAGCCUUCCGGCGAGGCGUUCAACGAGCUGUCGCUUGAACACGACACAAGGCGGCCACUCAACCCCAUGAUCAACGCCGGGGCCAUCACCAUGCACACCAUGGUUGGGCCUCCUGGCAUCAGCCCCGAGGAGCGCUUCGAGCGCAUCCUGAGCGGCAUGUCUGCUUUCGCCGGCCGUGACCUCAGCGUCGACGAGGCUGUGUACGAGUCGGAGAUCGAGACGGCGUACCGGAACCUUGCGAUUGCGAACAUGCUCCGCAACUACCGUGUGAUUGAGGACAGACCAUUGGACGUUGUUCGCGGUUACGUCCGACAGUGCGCGAUCAAGGUCACCACCCGCGACCUCGCGUUGAUGGCCGCGACUCUGGCCAACAGCGGCGUGCAGCCGAUCACAGGGGAGCAGGUGAUUGGGCCGGACAAUGUUCGCCAGACGUUGUCCGUCAUGAUGUCGUGUGGGAUGUACGACGGCGCGGGGGACUGGAUGUCGACGGUUGGGUUCCCAGCCAAGUCUGGCGUCGGAGGCGGUCUCAUCGGAGCGCUGCCAGGCCAGGUCGGCAUUGCGACGUUCUCUCCCCGUCUUGACAAGCAUGGCUCAUCGCUGCGCGGUGUGCGCAUGUGCAAGAGGCUCAGCGACGACAUGGGUCUGCACAUUAUGAGCGCGCCGGCGCCGGCCCACUCGGUUGUUCGUCGCUACUACCUGCUACGCGCGCCGCCAUCCAACGCGGUGCAAGCCAUCGACAUUGCUGAGCGGCCAACGGCCGGUGUGUUGUCGCUUCAAGGCACCAUCCGCUUCACCUCCGCCGAACGCGUCCUCCGCGUCCUCACCGAUCGCUCCGACGAGACCUCCGCAAGCAAGUACACCUUUGUCCUCGACUUUAGGAGUGUGUACCACCUCGACAAGGUCGCGAGGAGGAUGCUUCGAGAGGCUAUCAGCAGGUUAAGGGCGCAAGGCUUCAAGGUAGUCAUCGUGGACCCGAGUUGCCUGCUGGAAAUGGUCAGCGUCGAGGACGUCGUCGAGUCGCGCCUCCUGGAGCUCGAGGUUGGCGCGCUGUCGGAGAGUCGCAGUCGCGACGGCGAUGCCACGCCCAACGCCACCACACCCACCGAGGAGACCACGCCCAACGGCUAUCCCAACGGCAAGACCAAGGUUUCGCGCGUCGUCGACGCCAUUGAGGACGACCUGUCGAUGUUUGAGACGUGGGAGCGUGUCGAGACGCCCGACUCGAUGCGGCGGCUGGGACCACGCCCGUCGUUUGGGCAGGCGGAUGCUCAGAGCCCGCAGAGGAGCUUUAAGCGGUGGAUGAAUGACGAGCCGUAUUGAGCGGGCCAGCAAGUGGGCGCGCGUGGUACGGAAGGCAAGAGGCAGGCGAUGCUGAGGGGUCUUGCCGCCGGCGCUGUUACCGGCCAGUAGCCCUGUCGAGCGGACAGCCCAUCACCAGCGAACCACCCUGCCGCCUGCAAGUGGCGCCGUGGCCAGCGAGCGGCCGUGUCGCUAUCCAACCACCCAGUCGUCAGCCAGCGGCGCAUCGCCCGGGAGCCGCGCCAUAGCCGACGAACGGCCGCAGCGACGAGGGCGACAUGUACGAGAUCACGGGCAUCUUUCGGUUUAAUAAUUCGCCUUCAUAAUUUUGGGCAUCGGUAGAUCACAGCAUGCAGU